AUGCCACGCACCAAAGCUAAAAAUUUGAGUUCGCUCCUUCAGUCAGCCCUUAAAUCCACCACUAAAUUUACACCAAAGCCCUCUUCUCUAACUUCACCGGCCGCCACCACCACCGAGGACCGCCCCUUGAAUUUAUUCGUCUCCUCUCUUGAUUCGAAAUCUGCAUUGCUUUCCACUUCCGUCGCUUUUUUCUCACACGACUCUUCAAAACUCAAAUCUAAAGAAUUCACCUGUGACUUUGGUGUCGCUAGAGAGGAACUAGAGGAGGACUCGAGUUCUGUUGAUGCUACGGUUAGUUCGCCCAAGUCAGGAGGGACUAAUAAUGCUAAUGCUUUAGAAACUGAAUUAGAGAUACAAUCGUUUUCUACCGUGUCUAACAUCAACAUUUCACAACUUGGAAAAAAAGUCUUGCAUGAGAGGAGACAAAAAUGGAUUUCCAAAAAUCCACAGACUCAUUGUUUUGAAAAGUUAGUGAACCUGAGUGCAAAUAAACUGGGGACUGAUGCUACUCUUAAUGUAUUUGGUAGAUUGGGGCGAGAAAAUUGUGUGAAAGAGUACAAUUCGUUAAUAAGGAUCUGCAUUGAGCGGGCUAAGGAUUGUGAUUAUGAAGAUGUUGCACUAGAACAAAUUUGCAAAGCUUUUCAACUUUUCAAUUUAAUGAAGGAGCAGGGUUUUCAGCUUGAAGAGGAGACUUAUGGUACACUUCUUAUGUAUUUAAUUGACAUGGGUAUGAUUGAAGAGUUUCAUUUUUUCCGUAAAGCUAUUGAUAGUGGAAAUUCUCGUUCGGAUCCAAGACUAGGUUAUUAUGAGAUGUUGUUGUGGAUCAGAGUCAAUGAUGAAGAGAAGAUUCAGGAACUCUGUAACUGCACUGCAAUUGAUUAUGAGGGAGACCAUUUCAACUUGAUAGAGAAUUACUUGUUAGCACUUUGUGAAAGCAAGCGAAAGCGUGAAUUUGUGCAACUUCUAGAGACUGUGGACAUAACAAAGGUUUCCUCACUGGACCAUGUGAUGAGUAUUUUUAAAUUCUUGGGGAGGCUAGUGUUGGAGUACUUUGCAGAGAAGUAUCUUGUGGAAUUAACAAUAUCUGAUUAUGGAGCAGAGAAUGUCUCAAAUGUCAUCUUUAGCUACAUCUCUAGCAUUCCAAAUUUAGAGGUUGAGGGUAUUAUUUCAAAGUUUAGAGACUUGCAUGCCAAGCUGGAGAUCAAACCUUCUUCCGCAUCAUAUGAGAAGCUCAUUGCUUACACUAUAAACAGAGUUGCUUAUAUUUAUAAUUAUGGCAAGCACAUUGUGGCUGUUAAUAAAAUUGAAGAAUUUUUGGAUGAAAUUUUUGGAGCUGGAUCAACAUUAUCCACAGGCACACUUAUUUUGAUUGCUUGUGAGGACAAGGACGUGUAUGAAUUGGUUCAGCUAUGUCAGGUUCAGCGAAUCUAUUCGGUGAUCUGCCUUCAUAACUUGAAGCCAAAUAGUGAGACCUUCAGGAGCAUGAUAAGUUUAUGUGUAAGAAGGAAAGAUUUUGAUGGUGCGUACGCAAUGCUCGGUGAUGUAAAGAAAAUGAAUUUGAUGGUAACUGCAGACACGUACAAUGCUAUAAUGGUUGGCUAUUUUCAACGGAAAGACACGGAUGGUGCGUUAAAGGUGCUUCAACAAAUGGAAAAGGCAGACGUGAAACCAAAUUCUCAAACUUUCAGCUACCUGAUACAAAAUUGUAGCAAUGAAAAAGAUAUUAUCAAGUAUUAUCACGGAAUGACGUGCUUCGGAGUUCAAGUUACAAAGGAUGUCUUCAUGGCACUUAUUAAUGCAUAUGCAUCUUGUGGAGAGUUUGAGAAGGCAAAACAGGUGAUCUUAGACAAAGGUAUUCCAGUUUAAAGCCUAAAUGAAAUUAAAGGAUCACUUGUUGCAACUCUUGCAUCGAAUGGACAAAUGUUUGACGCCUUUGUCAUAUAUGAAGAAAUUAAGCAAGCUGGAUGGAGAUUGGAGCCUGAAGCUGUCAUAGCUCUUAUUGAACAACUCCAUUCUGAAGAAGAUUUGGGUAGAUUAAUUCAGCUAUUGGAGGAAUUGGAUGAUCCAAACAAUUGGAAGUAUUGUUGCCAUAGGCUGAUCUUGCACUGUGUUCGAUUGAAGCACUUAAGCUCUGCGAUUGCUUUGCUUAAGCAACUCAAUGAUUAUGAUGAUGAAUUGGCUGGAGACUUCUUUUUUCUUGAGGUAUUUCAUCUCAUAGAGGAAACAGAGCCUCCCGAUUUACAAUUUGGCUUAGACUUGCUUCGGUUCAUUAAGAAUGAACUUCACUUUGCUCUAUCAUAUGAGUGGCUUCGGUCUCUUCGCAGCAUUUUUGUGAAAGAGAAAAAUAUACAAAUUUCUCGUUUGAUUUGGAAAGAAUUUGUGACAACAGAUUACAGUUAUUUAAGUUAUUUAUACAUGUAUGAAGACCUUUUGAUUUCAGGUGAUCAUCAGGGUGCACGGAAAAUACUUAGUAAAAUUCCAAAAGGCAGUCCGAAUACCAAUGAGCUGAUCAAUGCUAUCCAGGAGGUGGGCAAAGCCUGGCAACGCCUCUCUCUGGGCUCGACCCAGGGGCCCAAGGGGAUUCCUCAAGCUAGGCCGGAAUCCCCAGGCCCAGCCCACUAG